GCGUAGUCAAAGGCUGAGGUGGCAGCUGCCGUGCAGACAUGGAGCUGCCGCAAAUGCCGGAGCUCAUGGACCUGUCGCUGUUGCUCGGACUGCUGGCACUGAUGGCGACCGCGGCGGUAGCGUGGGGGUGGCUGCGCGCGGAGAAGACUUGCAGCCCGUCCGCUGGCCAGAAAGCAAAUGGGCUUCCACUUGACAAGUCCUUGAGAUCCAAGAAGCAAAAACAGCAUCAGCGAAUUCGCAAGGAGAAGCCUCAGCAGCACAACUUUACUCACCGCCUCCUGGCUGCAGCGCUGAAGAGCCACAGUGGGAACAUAUCUUGCAUGGACUUUAGCAGCAAUGGCAAGUACCUGGCCACCUGUGCUGAUGACCGCACCGUCCGUAUCUGGAGCACCAAGGACUUCCUGCAGCGGGAGCAUCGCAGCAUGAGAGCCAACGUGGAGCUGGACCAUGCCACCCUGGUGCGCUUCAGCCCUGACUGCAGAGCCUUCAUCGUCUGGCUGGCCAAUGGAGACACCCUUCGUGUCUUUAAGAUGACCAAGCGAGAGGAUGGAGGCUAUACCUUCACGGCCACCCCAGAGGACUUUCCCAAAAAGCACAAGGCACCCAUCAUCAACAUUGGCAUUGCUGACACAGGGAAGUUCAUCAUGACUGCUUCCAGUGACACAACUAUCCUCAUCUGGAAUCUGAAAGGUCGUGUGCUGUCUACCGUCAACACUAACCAGAUGAACAAUGCCCAUGCCGCCGUAUCCCCUUGUAGCAGGUUUGUGGCCUCAUGCGGCUUCACCCCGGAUGUCAAGGUUUGGGAGGUCUGCUUUGGGAAAAAAGGGGACUUCCAGGAGGUUGUGCGAGCCUUUGAACUGAAGGGUCACUCGGCCGCUGUCCACUUCUUCGCUUUCUCCAAUGACUCCCGCAGGAUGGCCUCCGUCUCCAAGGACGGGACGUGGAAACUGUGGGACACAGACGUGGAGUACAAGAAGCAGCAGGAUCCCUACUUGCUGAGGACAGGCUGCUUUGAAGAGGCGAGCACCAUGCCUUGCCGCCUGGCGCUCUCCCCUGACGCCCAGGUCUUGGCCUUGGCCAGUGGCAGCAGUAUUCAUCUCUACAACACCCGGCGGGGUGAGAAGGAGGAGUUCUUUGAGCGGGUCCAUGGGGAGUGUAUCACUGACUUGUCCUUUGACAUCACUGGCCGGCUUCUGGCCUCCUGUGGGGACCGGGCGGUGCGGCUUUUCCACAACACCCCUGGCCAUCGGGCAGUGGUGGAGGAAAUGCAGGGCCUCCUGAAGCGGGCCUCCAACGAGAGCACCCGCCAGAGGCUGCAGCAGCAGCUGACGCAAGCCCAGGAGGCUCUGAGAAGCCUGGGCGCCUUGAAGAAAUGACUCUGGGCCCGUGUGGCAGGAGGGGUCUGGCCCCGCCGCCACUGCUGCCACUUCUCUUCCCAGGUACUCCUCAGCUGGAAGCCUUUUUGAAGGAGUCUUCUGACUUUCUCAGUGGUGGCUCCUCUCUCCUUUUCUUCAUUGAAACUAUUCUUGCCUACUUUGAUCUCUCUCUCCGUCUCUCUCUCUCUCUCUCUCUCUCUCUCUCUCUCUCUCUCUCUAUCUCUCCCCCCUUGCCCGUUGUGACUCCUGGCCCGACUUGACCUCCCGGUCUAAUGACCAAGGUGCUUCUUUCUCCUGGGCCCAAGGGCUGGAAUCUGUCUUCACUGGACGCUGAGGGAAAUGGUCAAUUGGAGAGAGAGGACAUGGCCUUUGACCUUGGAGCAACACACCCUGGUACCCAAAGGAGUUUGCAGUUGUGGAGGCAAAACCUAGGGGACCCCUGAAUACUAACCAGCAGUUCCGCAGGGGUUGGAGCCUGGGAUAACUUCCAGUCAAAGAACUGUGGGAUCGUGUCAGGGAAGGGCUAGUCUUAAUCUAGGCGAAGCUCCGAACUCCAUCAAAAAGUAAUUAAGGGAUCAUUUGGUGCCUCAGUUUUUUUAUUUGAAAAAUGGAGAAUAAUCCUCUUUCUUGACCUCCUUACAAAGAUGUUGUUAACGUAUGCACAUGUAAAGUCCCUAGGUUUGGAAGAAAAGUGGAAAAGAGUAGUAAUAUACGUUGUCUGUUGGCCAAUCUUGUUUAUUAACAACGAGGUAAAAUGGGACUUCGUGUGCUUUGAAACUAAAUGAAAAAGAAACUCGUCCUUUGGGAAGGUAAAGUUUCUGGAACUUGAUUAUACAUUUUGAAUCUGGUUGUGUAAAGGAAUGCUAGAAUUCGACGAUAGGACUCCUCUCUGCAAGGAGAUUGUAUUCUAUCUGAGGAAACCUUUUCAGUUCAUCAAAUAUUUGAGUGCCUGCUCUGGGCCCAGCACAGCACUAGCACUGGAGAUGCAUAUGAAUAGCACAUGAUCUCUGCCAUCAAAGAUGGCUAGUGGGAGAGAGGUGCACACGGCUAUUUAAGUGCUUUUUGUUAGUUAAUCCAUAGCUGUAGAAGGCUGUUGGAAAAGUCAAUAAGAGAAAGGACUGAAUCAAGUUGGAGGCCAUGGAUCUGAAGUUGAAGGCACAGAGUUGGUAAGAGAUGAGGCAAGUUCUGAUUUUUGGAUUUGAGACUGCUUGGAUGUGGGAGAAGGGAAAUGAAGAUCUAGGAACGCUUGCGUCUUGGCAAAAUGUAUUCAUCCGAAAUCCCGUUCUUGCCCUCGGUCCCUACAAUGGGGGCCUCUAGACAUCCCCUUGACCAAGGCACAACCUUGGAGUUAUCCCUCAUGACUCCCUUUUCAUUCAUCCCUCCGGCCCACUGGCACUACUCCCAUCCACUCCAUCAGAGAAUUCUUUUGGUUAUACUCCAGAUUAUAUCCUGAAUCUGCUGCUCUCCAGCUUUUCUGUUACCAGCCUGGCCCUAGCCACUGUCCCCUGCUGGACUCCGGUAAUCCAGGAUAAACCAGCCUUCUUGUUGCUUUCCCUGCUUCCUCUCUUGCCUCGUUUAAAUCAGUUCCCUACAUCUGCUUCAAAGAGUGAUCUUUGAAAAAUAUGAACCAGAUCACAUGAUUCCCAAACAAAAGCCUUCCAAAGGUUUCCGGUUGCACUUGGCAUAAAAUCCAAAAUUCUCAUCAUGGCCUUUAAGGUCGUGUAUAAUCUGGCUUCUUCCUUCCUCUGUGAUCCCAUCGCCACUCUCCCAGCCACCCCAAAUUUGCUGUUAUUUGUUUUACGACCAGGCCAAGUUACUUCCUGCCCCAAGCGGAACCCGUGCUGGUCCCUCUGCUUGGAAGCAUUUUUUUCUGAUCUGUUGGCACAUUUGUCAUGCCUGUCAGAAUGCAUUUCUCUGUUUCAGUUAACACUUGGGAGAGACCCUCCCUGACCACCCAAUCUGAAGUAGCCCUUUCCACCAAUCCUAUCACUCAUUUCACAUAAGCUCAUUUGCUUUCUUUCCCAUGACAUCCUGCUGUGCUAUCUGAAAUCAUCUCGUUUGACUGUUUACUUCAGGGGUUUCAUCUUAAGUGCUUUUGCCAAGGGGGAAACGCAGAUGCAUGAAUUGGGCCGCAGUUGCCUGGGUGUGAGACAGUGGGAGAUGUUCAGAACUGAAGUCCUCUUCGGGGGCAGGGUUGGGGGGAGGAGCUGCUACUUAUUCAGGAAUCCCACGGAAGUUGCCUGUUUCAGAGGAGCUAGAAGUUGGCAACUUGUUAUAAAAAGGCAAAAUUAAACACUGCGGACCAAUCCAAACCCUAAUGUGGGCCAGUUGCAGCCCACCAAUCUCUCAUUGGCAGCUUCUGGAUUGUUCAUUAGCCCACGGGAAUGUGAGCUCCGCAAGGGUGGAAUCUUCGUCUAUCUUAUUUGCUCAGUAUCCCAAGCACAAUCCUGGGAACAGAGUAAGCACUCAGUAAAUAUUGAAGUCAGAGCGGGGGCAGUUAACAGAUAUUUCUGUACCCUCUGUAUGCACCCUUCCGCUCUCAAUUUCCAUUGUGGUUUUUUAUGCUCCUGGUAACAGACUUCUGAUUGAUAAAGCUGUGUACAUGGGUGCUGGUGAAUAUUUGCUUUCAGACGGUCAGAAGAAUGAGGCUAAAACCCUUCUUUGUAUAUCUCUUUGGCUCGGGCUUUACUCUCACCGUGUAUCCAGGAGAGAAGGGACCAGAGUAUGUUGAGUUACUGAAGUCAGAAAUCUUUGGUUCCCGGUUGGGCCAGGUCACUUACUGACUUGAGACCUUGAGCAGGUAGAUCACUUGGCCUCUCUGAGUUUGUUUCCUCAUCUGUAAAAUGGGAAUAAAUCCUGUCCGGAGGGCCUCACGGGGCUGUGAGUCUCUAACGAGAUCAGUGAAGCACCACAAAAAAGUCAACACUGAGACUUCCUGAGGACACUGCUCCUCUCACUAAAGAUGAGGCUGCUUCUCUUGUAAGCAUGGAAAACAGAACGUAUCUGGAUAUUAACAUAAAACAGAGGUCGCCAUGUUUUUUGAUCCAAAGUGUGUGUGUGAAGGCGGCAUUAAUAUUCUAGUAUCACUAUUUCAACUUCUGUGGGUUUGCAGUUUUUCAAAAUAAAAACGGGGAAAUGUUUAAAA